AUGAGGUUUAGCUUGGGGCUAGAGCAACUUGCAGUUGCAGCGUCAGGUUGCGUAAUUGUUAAGGGUCCCAUCCCCGUAACGGGAAUAGCGUCUCAGCGGGUCUCGAGCAUCUCCCGAACGGUCAUCUGGUUGGGUGGCCAACGUUUUGAACUUUUUCCAGUUGCCCCGUGCCACUUUGAGCCGAGCCCGCUGAUCCACACGCCUUCCGCCCAGUCCGAGUCAGUUUCAGUCACUUUCAACUUCGAUUGGGCACAGGCAGUGAGAGGCACGUCCGCACAAAGUUUGCCUACUGGAAUUUUCGUUGCCGCGAGAGACUGGGCGUUCAGCCACCAUGUACCAGUUGCAGCUGGAGAGGCCAGAGCCUGGAGUCAGCCGGAUCAACGACCAACAGGACAUUCGGUAAUUGUUUACGAGGAAGCCCUAGUUACUGAGAGACCGCCCGUCUGA